UUCACAGGUGGCUCCUUCAGGGACAUGAGGCAUGAAAACCUAUCAUAUGUGACUGAGUUUAUCUUCAUUGGGUUCCCCAAGCUCCAGGAUGGUGGUCUCCUGUAUUUUUUCCCUUUGCUUUUCAUCUAUACCUUUAUUGUCAUUGGAAAUCUAUUGAUCUUCUGUGCUGUGAGACUGAACACGUAUCUCCACAACCCCAUGUACAAUUUCAUCAGCCUCUUCUCUUUCCUGGAGAUCUGGUAUACCACAGCCACCAUCCCCAAGAUGCUCUCCAACCUGCUAAGUGAGCAGAAGACCAUCUCCUUCGUGGGCUGUCUGAUGCAACUGUACUUCUUUCACUCUCUGGGGAACACAGAAGGGACCCUCCUCAUGGUCAUGGCUAUUGACAGGUAUUUGGCCAUCUGUAGUCCUCUUCACUAUCCCACUAUCAUGACCCCCCAACUAUGUGCCCAGCUCUCUGCAGGCUCUUGUGUCUUUGGCUUUCUAAUCCUUCUCCCUGAGGUUGUGUGGAUUUCCACCCUGCCCUUCUGUGGCUCCAACCAGAUCCACCAGCUCUUCUGUGAUUUUACCCCACUGCUGAGAUUAGCCUGCACUGAUGCUUCAGUGAUCCUGGUGCAAGAUGUGGUCCAUGCCCUGGCCAUCCUUACCACAGCCCUGAUCAUUUCUCUGUCCUACAUCAGGAUCAUUGUGGUCAUCAUGUGCAUCCCGUCUGGUGAGGGCAGGAAGAAGGCCUUCUCCACCUGUGCUGCCCAUGUUGCUGUUUUCCUGCUUUUUUUUGGAAGUGUGGCCUUGAUGUACCUCAGAUUCUUAGCAACUUACACCCCAUUCUGGGACAUGGCUAUUGCCUUGACCUUCUCAGUUCUUUCACCCUUCUUCAACCCCAUCAUCUAUAGCCUGAGGAAUAAGGACAUGAAAGAUGCCAUCAAUAAGCUCCUUUGCCCUCAGAAGACCUUCCACGUGUCUGCAAAGUAA